UUUAUGUAAUAAAAAAUGGUCAGAAAACUGAGGUCACAUGGGUUCGUCGUACAAAGGGUUCAGGAAGUUGUCGCAGUGAUCAUGUCCCACCAGUGCACAAUAGCAAGACCCGCAUUUCCCCGCGCCCUCUCCUGUACUCGCUCUCUUAUCCUGCGCCCACAACUGCCUUCUUCCUCCUACGCUCUUCCUCGCUCCUCCGCCGCCUCAGCCACCAUGACCACCCAGGACAAUCACCUCGAAGCCAUAUUUACCCAGAAACGGGUUCUCCGAUCGAAAAUCAAGAAGGAUCUCAGAUCAAUGGACCCCGCCCUUAGAUCUCACGAAGAUGAUGCAAUUCAGAAUCUGAUAUUGGAAGCUCCAUGGUUCAAGUCUUGUAAGGGAUUAUGUGCUUACAUAAGCUGUAGUGCAUUGAGAGAAGUUGAUACGUCAAAGAUGUUGCAGCAUAUCUUACAGAAUCCAACAAAAGAUGGUGAAACACAAACCAGAAAGAAACUUUAUGUUCCACGGGUGGAGGACAAGAAUUGCCACAUGAGAAUGCUAAAUAUUUGUGGUAUGGAUGAUUUAAUUGCAAACUCCAUGAACAUUUUAGAGCCAGCUCCAGUUGAUGCCAAUGGGAAUGAUCGUGAAGAUGUGAUGCUUGCAAAUGAACCUGUUGACCUGCUCCUGUUGCCUGGACUUGCCUUUGAUAAAACUGGAAGGCGAUUGGGCCGUGGUGGAGGUUACUACGAUACCUUCCUCUCAAAAUACCAAGAACUUGCAACACAACGAAACUGGAAGCAGCCUCUUCUAAUUGCACUAUCUUAUUCAGUGCAAAUAGUAGAAGAAGGCGUUAUACCAGUCACCCCAAGUGAUGUUUUCAUAGAUGCUCUCAUAUCCCCCUCGGGUUUCAUCCCUAUUAGCCCUGUGGCUCAACAGAUUUGUCAUUCAGACAUUACUUUAGCCUAAUCGUGUCAUCUCUUUUGAAUUCUUAUACAAGAAUGCUGUGUUUUGACCAUCAAGCUGGAGUUUGCACGUGUUGUUUGUGUAAUUUGUUGUGUUUAGUUGAACAUUGCUAUUUCUUGGUAACAUGGUUGCCAUUAUUGUAAUAACUCCCUCAUAGUGAAGUAGGAGUUUAUAAUUUUUCUUUAAUGAGAAUUUUGAUAUAUUUAUAGUUUAUAA